UUCCGGUUACGUCAGGGCGUCAGGACUCCAUUAGAGCUGCAGCUGUUUUGAGAGAAACAACAACAAAAACGGGCUGACUGACAGCGAGUUCACAGUGACAGUCCGCUCUAAGCCCGACAACGAGGCCUCGAAUCUGGAAGAUUAACCUUAAUUUCCCACCCGGAGCUCCGCCGGCUUCUAACCACGGCCGCUCUCGGUGAGGAAACUCUGGCCUCCGCUUCCUCCUCCUCCGACUCGGACACCGGCGGAGCGUCGCCGCCCCCGCGGAAGAAGCACCGAGCCUCGGCGGCGGAGGGAGCAGGAGAGCCCGGGGCUUCAGCAGUUGUAACAGGCCUUUCUGGAGUUGUCCUAGGACUUGCCACCGCCUCUCCACUCUCUCAAGCCACCUCUACCAUCCACUUUAACCGAAGUGUAGUCAACAACCUCAGCAGCAGCAUGCAGGCAAACGGGGCAGGACAGGGACAAGAAUCUACGGAGCUCUCCUGCCUGAACAGCGCACAAAACGGGGAGUCAUCCUCGGCCGGUGGAGCCCACUCGAACGGGCUUCUUUCCAGCACAGACAACGGAACUAACAUCGGUACCAGUAACGGGUCUACGACAGCAGGGCCCGGUUCGGGGACUGCCUCCACAGCUUCGGGCUCGGAGGUCGGUUCUUUGAAGAAGAAGAAACGACUCUCGCAGGCGGAGGAAGAUGUCAUACGAUUAAUAGGACAACAUCUCCACGGACUAGGGCUGAAUCAGACAGUGGACCUGCUAAUGCAGGAAUCAGGCUGCAGACUGGAACACUCCUCAGCUACCAAGUUCCGCAACCAUGUCAUGGAGGGCGAAUGGGACAAGGCUGAGAAUGAUCUCAAUGAGCUGAGAGCACUGAUGCAUUCUCCCAAUGCUAUUGUGCGUAUGAAGUUCCUGCUGCUGCAGCAGAAGUACCUGGAGUACCUCGAGGAUGGCAAAGUCCUGGAGGCUCUGCAGGUGCUCCGAGGAGAGCUGACGCCACUCAAGUACAACACAGACCGCAUCCACGUACUCAGCGGGUACUUAAUGUGUAGCCACGCUGAGGACCUGAGGGCAAAGGCAGAGUGGGAGGGUAAAGGUACCGCCUCACGCUGCCGACUGCUGGACAAAUUACAGACCUAUCUGCCCCCUUCUGUGAUGCUGCCCCCUCGGCGGCUGCAGACUCUGCUGCGGCAAGCAGUGGAGCUUCAGAGGGACCGCUGCCUCUAUCACAACACCAAGCUAGACAGUAAUUUGGACUCUGUCUCUCUCCUCCUCGAUCACGUCUGCAGCAGGAAACAGUUCCCCUGUUACACGCAACAGAUUCUGACAGAGCACUGUAACGAGGUGUGGUUCUGCAAAUUCUCAAACGACGGCACCAAACUAGCAACUGGCUCCAAAGACACUACAGUCAUAGUUUGGCAAGUGGACCCGGAGAGCCACCAGUUAAAGUUGCUGAGAACCCUGGAGGGUCAUGCAUAUGGUGUCUCUUACUUAGCCUGGAGUCCUGAUGACACUUACCUGAUCGCCUGUGGACCUGACGACUGCUCUGAGCUGUGGCUCUGGAAUGUUCAGACGGGGGAGCUGCGGACCAAAAUGUCCCAGUCCCAUGAGGACAGUCUGACCAGUGUGGCCUGGAACCCCGAUGGCAAACGCUUUGUCACUGGAGGACAAAGAGGACAGUUUUAUCAAUGUGACCUGGAUGGCAACUUGUUGGACUCCUGGGAAGGUGUGAGGGUGCAGUGCCUGUGGUGCCUGGGCGAUGGCAGAGCAGUGCUGGCCUCUGACACACACCAACGUAUCCGGGGGUACAACUUCGAGGACCUUACAGACAGAAACAUAGUUCAGGAGGAUCACCCUAUCAUGUCUUUUACUGUUUCAAAGAAUGGAAGAUUAGCUUUGUUAAAUGUAGCAACUCAGGGAGUGCACCUGUGGGACCUUCAAGACCGGGUGCUGGUGAGGAAGUACCAAGGUGUGACCCAGGGCUUCUACACCAUCCACUCCUGCUUUGGGGGACACAACGAAGACUUCAUUGCCAGUGGCAGCGAAGACCACAAAGUGUACAUCUGGCACAGACGCGGUGAACUUCCCAUUGCUGAGCUGACAGGCCACACACGUACCGUCAACUGUGUGAGCUGGAACCCCACCAUCCCAGGACUCAUGGCCUCCGCCUCAGAUGAUGGCACAGUGCGUGUCUGGGGUCCAGCACCCUUCCUCGACUCACAAGAAGCGGACGGACUCAACGAGAACUGCAGUAACAUGGACAGUUGAUGGUCACUUAUGGGCCUGAUGACAUCUCUCUAUAUCAACAAUCCAAGAAUCCAUCAAUAAGUCAAACCUACACGGGCAAAUUAGAUCCAACACCGACCUAAAGCAAGUGAAGAAAAACAAACAAAAGCCACCAAGACAAUAGAAAACAAAAGUGAGAAUAUUUUGUCUCCCGGCUGGCUAAGGCAGAACGGUGGAGUUAAACAAGGACUCUGAAUAUUCAGGUUCUUGUCAAGAAAACCUGAUUCUGGCCCAGAGGAAAACCAGUCAAUGCCCAGCACAUAUGAGCGCCAUCCUAUGGUAAGCUUCAAUGGCUGUUUCCCUCCAUCCGACACAGGAAAACCACCUCCACCUUGACCUGGAAGCCUCCCCAUGAUGCAUUCAAGAAAGAAACAGCAGAGCAGCCGGCCUCCAAUUGGACUACACCUGUCUGCCAGUUUGUCUGUCACAUCACCUGUAUAAUGUCUCCAUGAACAUGGGUGGGUUAUUGUUGGGGGAGGAUGGGGCACCGGGAGGAAAUAGCAACUCUUCUGUUUGUAUGUUUUCCCUUUUUCCCCCCACUCUCUUGCUAUAUUUUCAAAUUUGAUCUGUCGGACAUACAGCCGAAGAAACCCAUAAUUGAAACACUGACCGACCAGCUGAGAAAGGACACACAAACUGAAAAGGCUAUGCUAAAUGUUCAAUUUUUUUAUGAUAGUCAUAGCGUAAUUCUCAUUUAAGAGGUGAAUCUUAGCUUGAGUAGUGCCCGUGGAAAGCUUUAGCUUGAAGAUUCCACUUUCUGUUUCUCGACAUUAGGAACUUUUUUUAUUCCUUAAUUUAACUUCUAACAAGGACAGUCUCUGUACCUUCCCAACCCCCCCCUCCUGUCGAGCUAGCUACUGCACAACUCCAUUCAUCUGCCUAAAGAGGACACAGACAGAGGUAUUCAUGGGUCACAUAUCAACGGUGAGCUUUCCUCUGUCAGGACACAAAUAUUAUGACCUUUCUCAAAAAGACAUGCUUUCAGAUUUGAAAAGUGCUACUGGGAUUGCACACUGGUGAUGGCUGUUCCUCCUGUGUCUGUUUGUGUGUGUGUCUGUUUGUGUGUGUGUGUGUGUGUGUGUGUGUUUGUGUGUGUGUGUCACAGAAAGAGAGAGCGAGUGAGUGAUUAUGCAUGCACGCAUUAUUGUGAGAGUUGACAUUUGUGGGUGCAGGUUUAAUUGCAGCGUGUUUUUGUAUGUGUGCUCUAUUCACACCAGCAAAAGACCCCCCCCUCCUCUAUGCUCCUAAUCCCAUAUAGUAAAAAUUGUAAAGAGGAUUUUAAACCAACUCUAAGUUAUCCAAAGCCCCAUAGGUACCUCUAUCUGUGAAACAAAGAAUACUUGAGAGCCAUUUUGUAAAAGAAAAACUUUUUCUUUAAUCUGGGGCUUUAAUUUUUACAUUAGAAUUUAUUUCUCCUUCACCAUGUGGCAUUUAAAACACCACUUACACUGUUAUUGGAAAGAGAAAGGAAGUGUAUAAAGAGCGAUUGUUUCAAAAAGCUGUAAAAUGUGUCAUUGGCAAAGGGUCACUUCAUAUGAGAAGUUAAUGAUUGUAAAUUAUAAGAUGAAUAGUUAUGGAGAAGAGGCACCAAUAACCAGAACCUAUUUCAGCAUUAGGGAGUGUUGAUGCAAUCCUAAAAACACACAAACACACACACACACAAACUGCCUUCCUGUUUAUACAGUUGCACACAAACUUUCAGUAUGUAUGCCCCCCCCCCCCCCCCUCCCCCCACUGCUCUUUUGCACCAACUGCAAUCGCAUAAUCCAUAAAGUAAUCUGAGAUUACUAAAGGAAUUGAGCCCUCAUCUUGCUUUUAUGCUCCCAAAAGCAGUGACUAAUGACCCUGUCAAAAAAACAACAACCUUAACCUCACAGCACAGAAGGCAAGGCACAGCAGCCUCGUAUUACAGAGAAUUCAGCAUUCCCCCCCCCCCCCCCCCCCCCCCCCACCCUUUGCUCUCCAGCCAAGUUAUCCAGCGGUCAGUGCACCAUUCAAAGCUUUCUUCUUCCCUUUUUUCAGGGUAUGUAAUGACUAUUUGCUACAGACUGAUAUACAGUAAAAACAUGUUUAAAAUCAGUGCUUUUCUGCCUGUUUUUAUUGAACUUUUUUUGUUACUUAAAUUUUUUGUUCACAUUAUAUCAUUUUUUGGUUGACCUCUAUCCCUGUAUGAUCAUAUUAAAAUAUAACCAGACA